CGGAACGCGAACGAAUGUCUACCUUCAUAACACUCGCUACUACUGCUUUGCACCACUACUGCUUUGCACCAUCAUCAACCUGACGAACCAGUGGAGAGCAAAACAGGCGCAUAUGGCAUCCCUUACUUUGCAACAUUUCGCCACUCUCUUAACCACGGGAACCCUUCCCAGUACGAAACAUACUUCUAGAGAUCCCGCUGACAACCAUGUUGUCGCCGUCACUGCGACUACUUCUUCCCAGCGCAUCAAUACCCCCAUCACCGUCGCUCAGAAUACACACGAGAAACUCUCUUCGUCGGCAUACCGCAUGCAGUGGCUAGACGAGAUGUAGAGGGAAAAAGUAAUCGUCGCUGGUGGAUUCAGAGAAACCCUGACAUGUAUUUUGAGAAUUUAUCUGCCGUCUUCGAACGUUUUCGUCAAGCACUGUACGAUCCCAAACUGAGAGACGACGACAUACGAGACCUCAAAAAGAAAUUCAAUCUCUUUGUCAUAAAUCACAC